AUGUCUGAGUUCGAAGAUCAGGACGAUUCCGGCACGACCGUCUACGGUCUUGACAGGGAGCGCAACCAGAGCCAGAUGCAGUUCGCCAACAUCGCCUGGUCUGCCUUUCUCAAAGCGGAUUCCCACGGCGACCCACUGCCAGACCGCCGGAAGGGCAUGAUCUUCCUUAAGCGUGCCAAGACCCCUGGGCACUUGGAGGACCACAUUAUGCCCAAGACUGGCGGCCCUCGGAGGUUCACAGACAUCCUGGAUGCAAUCUGGAUGCUCUCCCGCAGGCCGACGGCUUCGCAGGCGGGAGCUUUCCUGGACGUGGACGAGCAGGGUGACUCCGAGGAGGAGCAGGAGGGCAACGAAGCCUCCAUGGACUGCGACAGCGAGGGUGGUGCGCUCAUCCCCCUGGACGACAGCGACCUGCAGGGCGAAUACGACGAGGACGAUGUCCUGUGGGCGUUGUCACAGUUUCGCCAGGAUCCCGGGCGGCCGCCCAAGGGCCGCGGGGUGCCGGCGCAGCCGCGGCCGCACCCGGCCACACGGCCGCCGCAGGGCGUCCGACUGAAGCCCGUCUCUGCUCUCGAGGCUCGCGCGCGCUGCAAAACGUGCCACCAGCUGCGGCAGUGGUCUGACCAGUGUCCGAGCCAGCAGCAGUCGCAGAAGGAGGCAGGGGCCCGGGCGGCACUUGUCUCAUCCACCGAACCAGAGUCGCUCUUCUGUGGCAUGGUCGCUUCCUCGUCGCAAGUGGGCCGCAAGGAAGACCGUAGUGCUGAACUCAGCGCGCGGUCUCCUGAGCAGGAGAGCCCAAACUGGGACGGCGAGGACAGCGACGGCGGGUUCGAGCUGGUAGACGAGCAGCCGCCAGAGGAGGUGCCCACGGCGCCUGGCCUGGACGCCGAAGAAAGUGAGUGGCUCGCUAAGAAGCGGCGCCGCGCUGCCGAGACUGGCCGCGCAGCCUUCCAGAGGAUGGCCAAGCGCGCCGUGGUGGACGGUAUCGCGAGCGACAUCUGGCGCACGAAGGACUUGUUGAAGAAGCGCCAGGGAGACCAGGAAUAG